GCUGAAAAACGUAAACAUUCACGCAUAUUAACCCAGAUACGUGGGAAGGACAUGGUUGCUGUUGAAGUCCGGUAUCACAAACUUUGUUACCGUGAGUUUGUGAGAUGCGUCUCUAAAGAAGAUCAGCUUGACACGGAUGCAGAAAGUAUGAACGUGUAUAGUGCAUCAUUCAGUGAACUUGCUUCAAUUGUUCAAAAGAGAAUUGUUCAAGGCAAGGAACUCCUUCGUCUGACAACUUUGAAACAGAUGUUCAUUAAGAUUGCAAAAAGAGAAGAGGGAGUAGAUGUAUCUGGGUACAAAACAACAAGACUCAAAAAGCUGCUUAAAGAUGCAUUCCCUGAACUUCUCUUUGUGUCACCACGGAAGAAGAAUGAGAGCGACAUUGUUAUGACAUCGGAGAUGGAGGGAGUAGCCUUAGCAGAACAGGCAGUUCAAGACCAGUCCACCAGCACAAGUGAAGACUCGCAAUCGUCAUGCGAUGAAGAACCCACACAGAUUUCUACUGACGCCCAACAUGGGCAGCUUCGUACACUUUUCCAUGCAUCACAGAUCCUCAAGGAGAGCAUUCAGUCUGCGUGUACCAAGCAUCGAGAGCAAGUCAAGUGGACUCCAGUUGCAAGUGACCUUUCUCUCCAGUCUGCCGAGGAAGCAACUCCAAGCAUGUUAUUCAACUUCUUGUCCUGGGUUUUAGAUGCAUCAGAAGAUUUAGAACUGUCAGGUUUUGUAAGAACAGGUGUAGAUGAAAAGAGAAAGUUACUAUCUAUUUGUCAAGAUGUAAUGUAUAUGAAUUGUAAGGGUAAAGUAAUCUUUCCUAAACACUGAUCACUAGCCAUGACAGUAAGACACAUGACAGGGUCAGCAAAGCGGAUUGGCUUUCUGAAUGGCCUCGGACAUUGCACGUCACAUUCGAUGGUAUUAGAGCAUGACACUGCCCUUGCAACA